AUGCUCGACAUCACAGUGACAGGGAACCAUCGCGAAAUUGGACUCGCUGUUGGCCAACAGGCCGCAGCCCAAGUCGCGGGAUCAAUCGACUUUUACCGGGUCCUGUUCAAAGCCUUCAACGACCUCGAGUGGACCACUGUACGAGAGCAGUGUGAAAAGUUCAAGCCAUUUCUCCAGGAAAAGUUUCCCCGAUACUUUGAAGAAAUAGAGGGCAUCGCUGAAGGAGCUCAGGUAGACCUUCUCGAUAUUCUGGCUCUCAAUAUCCGCACUGAGAUCGCCUUUGGGCUCUUUGACGAGAAGUCAAGAAAGCCCAUGGCUAUUGAAGGAGUGGAUGGCUGCACCACUCUUGGGUGGAGGACACCCUCAGGGUCUACCUUCUUAGCCCAGAACUGGGACUGGAAGACGAAGCAAAAGCCCAACCUCAUUGUCUUGAGGGUCAAUCCCAAGGGAAUUCCCGGCAUGGACUUGCCAUCCUUUCAAAUGAUCACCGAGGCGGGCAUCAUUGGCAAGAUUGGGUUCAAUGAACAUGGUGUUGGAUGCCUACUGAACGGUAUCCGCGCUAUGGGCGUCAAUCCAGAACGCAUGCCCAUUCACUUUGCUCUCCGAACCAUUCUUGAAUCUAAGACAAAAAGAGAAGCCUUAGACAAGAUCCAAGCUAUAGGCUUAGCAGGAAGCAGCCACAUUCUUCUUGGUGACAAUACAGGCCCGACCGGCUUAGAAUGCACUAGCAUUGGAUUCCAGGAGCUAGCUGCUGACGAAAUGGGGCGUGUUGUCCAUGCGAACAAUCUCAUCCUCAAGCACGAGGGCGUUUUCGAACCUCUUUGGUUAGAAGACUCUCCAAAACGCACCGCUCGACUGCAGGAGCUGGCAACCCAGGAGGUGGGAGAAAAGGCUGGGUUCGAUACAAUUCUCGAGCUGUUCAAGGAUGAGCAGAAUUCUCCUGCUUCCAUUAAUCGUAGGCAGCAUGGCAACAAUGAUUCGAACACCUUGUUCAACGUGGUAUACAACAUCACCGACAGGAAAGGUGUCAUCUCGAUGGGACGACCAACAGAGAUAGAGGAGCAGAUAGAGAUAGGAUUCUAG